AUGUCGGCCCCUGAAGCAACCUCGCCUGUGGUUCAACAAAACACCGAAGAAGUGACUGCGCAGAUGAACAAAAUAUCCAUUGAACCCACGGUGACGCCUGAGCGUGCUCGUGUUGCUACCAAUGCGGUUCGGAUCUUGGUUCCCAAGGACGCCACCUCGAGAACAGCGGGCAUCACGAAGUCGGGGGCAUAUCCCGACCGCAAGCUCGUACGUCGCGACAGCCUAGAACGCCGCGAAGCCUUCCUCAAGGAUCGCCUGCUGUCAAACCCUUGGGCCGUUCCUCCCUUGCCCUCCGACUGGGAAAUCCGUCCUACGUACCCUCGACGAACCGUCCCUUAUUACCUGGCUCCGCUCUGGGAUGCCGCUGAGUUCCAACGAGCCGUCGAAUCCAAGCUCAAGGGUCGCAGGGACAGCACUCGGUCCCAUGCAAGACGCGUGCAGAACACUGGCAUGAGUCCCAUGGAAGAAGCAGCGACCAGCAUUCCAAAGGAAGUGCGGGCCAAACUCAAGCGCGCUAAAGCCGCGAAGGGUCUGCUCCAGGAUCUGGAGGAAACCGUGCGGGCGUUCGUGCGCAAGUGGAACGAAAGAGAAAUUCGCCUAAGAAGAGAUGGUCUGCAUGACAUUCCUCUGAGCAGCGAUAGUGAGGACGAGGAAAUUGUCUUUAUUGGCAGAAAUGGUGCUAUGCACGACUCACCCAGCAAGGAGCAGAAGGGCAAGGGCGAGGUGGGAUGGGACGACGAGGGGACGAUCAGCACUGAAAAAAUGGUGUUUGAGGGUCUGGAUAACGACAAGGGCGCCGCCUUUGCGAGGUGGUUGGUUCAUUGCGUGGGCAGCUACUAUGGCUUGCGAACUUGGAGUGUGACGCGUGACAUCGAGGGUGAGGAGAAGAGAAGACAAGCCUAUGUGGGUGUGGACACCCGAGCAAGAGGAUUUAUGGGCCGAGGCGUCGAGGUUGGUCGCGAGAUCGAACUUCCACGCCCACUGUGGGGGAUGGUGUGA